UGCUUUCCAUCUCUCACCAUCUGUGGGCCUCUUUCUCUUUCUCUGCUCUUUGUUUCGUCUUCUCUUAAAAGCUACCCAUGCCGACGGUGUCCUCGAUCGACCCACCGGCGGGUCUCUGUUAGACGCCGCCGGAAGAUGGACGGAGCUCCACCGAUCUUGUGGAUCGUGUACAGGGUAUCUUCUCCUGCGAGGGUUUCAACAAUUUCGUUUCAUCCUCCUCCACCGGCCAACCAUUGGGCGGCGGCCAUUCGAUCGGAGUUAUUUUCGUAAGACCACCAUGGCUGCUGGAGGUAAAGGGAACCUGGAGAGGAUCCGUAGAGGGUUUCGGACGGCGUUGUUCAUGCUGACUAUGGUGGCUUCCUUGCUUGUCUUGUCAGCGCCGUUGCUCUUGGCCGUUGGGGAUGUGUUUAUUUCGCUGGUCCUGGCGUCGAGGUACGCUUGUGCGACUUGCUACGGGCUGAGGGAGCACUUGAGAAAGUACGAUUUCAGAAGCUCGCUAAUGGACAUUCCGGUCAUCUCUGUCGUCAGAUCGCUUGUUAUCACUUGUGCUUAUUGUUUACGCGAUGGACCUGGUCUUUCUCAUGGGCCAUAUCUUGAAUCAGCAACAGUUUGUUCCUUCAUUUCAGUUGUUAUCCUGUUGGUGAAAAGCUGUCUGUAUUCCCCGGCCUUAGAGGAAAUACAUGCUUCAGACUCCUUGCCAAGUGAGAAACUGCAUUCGAAUAAGUCAUGGGGGACAUCUAGUCUUUUCCUGUCUUCAUUAGUGUUCGCCCUUGGCCACGUAGUGGUCGCUUAUCGGACCAGCUGCAAAGCUCGGAAAAAGCUUUUGUUUCACCAUGUAGACCCUGAAUCUGUUUUGGCUUGCAAAAAUGUUUUUGCUGGAUACCACAAGGUUCCCCGAUCGCCUACACCAUGCAAUGCAAGAAAUUCAAAAAGCAACAGUGAAACUAAAAGAAAAACCAGUUUUCGCAAUAUGCAUGACAUCCCUAUUAGUCUACUUGCAGAUGUUGACAGUCAGUUCAUUGCCUGUCAGGGGAUUACAGUCCAUUACAAGCUAAGUCUUCCUGAAUCACCUUUGCCUCUUUCUUUAUCUUCUUCUCCGUUUCUUGAAUGGAGUCCCAAUGUCAGCCCGCCCAGGAUUUCUUCUGGAAGGCUUAAUAUAGAAUGGCCUAUGAUAGUUCCACCCAAAUCUCAUUAUCACUUGCAAAGGAGCUUGAGUAAUCAUUUCCAAAAUUCUUCUCUGUAUGCUCCUCUGUUAGCUGAUGCUGUGCCAGCAGCCACUUACUGUACAGACCAAAUUCCUGCUCUGAACUUGGAUGAUGGUGACACUUAUGGAUACUUGCCUAAUUCUGUGAGUUUGGAUAUUGAUGUAAACAAAAAGGAUAAGUUUGCAGUAAUCCUGAUUCAUGGGUUUGGAGGAGGAGUCUUCUCUUGGCGCCAUGUGAUGGAUGUUUUAGCUCGGCAGAUUGGCUGCGCAGUUGUUGCCUUUGAUCGCCCUGGGUGGGGAUUGACUUCUCGCCCUCGUAGGAAGGAUUGGGAAGAAAAGCAAUUGCCUAAUCCAUAUAAACUUGAGUCUCAGGUCGAUCUUCUUAUUUCGUUCUGCCUGGAAAUGGGCUUUUCAUCCGUCGUUCUUGUUGGUCAUGAUGAUGGAGGCCUUCUUGCUUUGAAGGCUGCUGAAAAAAUCCGUUCCUCUUUAGAAUAUGCUCAUGUGGUGGAGGUCAAGGGAGCAAUACUUCUCAGUGCCAGCUUGUCAAGAGAAGUUAUUCCUGCCUUUGCUCGGAUACUUUUGCACACUUCAUUGGGGAAGAAGCACAUGGUCCGCCCUCUACUCCGUGCAGAAAUCACCCAAGUCAUCAAUCGACAUGCAUGGUAUGAUUCAACAAAGCUAACUGCAGAAGUCAUGAAUCUUUACAAGGCAACAUUAUGUGUUGAAGGAUGGGAUGAAGCACUGCAUGAGAUUGGACGUCUUUCUUUUGCAACUGUACUCUCUCCAGAGAAUGCAGAUGCUUUGUUGAAAUCAAUUGAAAACCUUCCUGUUUUGAUAGUGGUUGGUGCUGAAGAUGCUCUUGUUUCGCUGAAGUCUGCUCAAGUGAUGGCAUCGAAGCUUCUAAAUUCUAGACUUGUUGCUAUAUCAGGAUGUGGCCAUCUUCCUCACGAGGAGUGUCCAAAGGCACUACUUGCAGCUCUUCAGCCAUUCAUAACUCGAUUACUACCUUCAUCUGAUGAUACCUUGCAAAAACAAUAGCUUAGUAAUUUGUCAAUGUUUCAUAAACGCUUAGCUGGUUUUGUUUCCGCCUUAUUUAGAGUUACAACUUUAACCCUAUUUGUCCAGAGUAUUCGCUGCUUCUGUUUUUUUAGGCCUUUAUUUUAUUUUAUUUUUUUUCUGGUUUUGGGGUGAGAGUGAGCAGUAUGGAGCCAGACCCAAUUCUCAGGGUUAUUAGAGCUCCCAUCUAUUGCUGCUGCUGCUGUUGCUGUUGCUGUUGCUACUUUAUAUAUCAUGUUUAGUGCAUGACUUGUAUAGUCAAUCUCGUUCUAUCCGCUGGUAUCUGAUUCAUCUUUGGAGAUUCUUGUGCUUGUUUUGUAUUUUAUAUAUACAUUUAAUAUAAUUUUUUAGGUGUAA